AUGCAACCUCUGGUGUCCGUUGAGACUCAUACUCAUAUAUCACUUUUCAGCAUCACAAUUGCUCCUAGUACAUUCCUCGCCGCCUUAGCUUUCACAUUUGUCUUCAUUUACACAUAUCUUGUCUCCGUGGGUCAUAUACCGCUGAGGAACUUUGUACCCAAACGUUUCCCUCGUCUUUCCUUUAGGACCUCUUCAAUCGUGCCACAACGAUCAGCGAUUGAACAACAGCGACGCCACAAGGCCUUGCCAGCAUUGCCUGCGCCGGACUCUGAAUUUGAUUUGGAAAAGUCCCUUGUUAAACUAACUCGACAGACUCCAAACCAGCGCUCCCAAGCCCAACACCAGAUCCAAAUCCAAACUCGAGCAGACUUGCUAUUGAAGGUCCCAGCACCCAGCUCCCGGAAGAGCAUGACAUCGUCCCUAUAUUCAGACGCCAGCAUAGACGAGAGAAACUUCGCAACUCCGAUGUCUCCUCCACUGCAGAGACCGUUCGAGUACCCAGCAGCCCACUCAGGCUUUGGCUUCUCGGACGAGGACCACGACCUACAAGACGAGAGCGACGACAACCUAGACGAAGCGUCUCUGUCCAACGGUAAUUAUAGCCCUCCGGCAUGGAGGAGGCUCGAGAACGGCGAUCGGUGGUAUGGCAAUUGGCGCGAGAGUAGGGAUAUUCUGGGACGUUUCGAGCAACCGCGGCGCAUGAACACCAAUCACAACAAUAGCAUCUUUCAGAAUGACAUCUUUGAGGCAGCGCGUAGGACACGUUUGCCCACAGGAAGCCUAAGCCCUGAAAAGGGGGUUACGCCGGAACCCGGCGCACCCAAUGAAGAUGAUACUCUCGUUAAGACAAAGAGCGAGCCGCCUUCAGCUAGGAAUUUAAAUCGGGGAACUAACGCGAUCGUGUCCAUGUCGCCCGAUAUCGCCAGUGACAACUAUAUCCGGUUAGCACUACGUGCCGAUAUUCAGCAACGGACAGAGCCCAUCGAGGCCGCUGUGAAUUUCAUACGAGAUAGGACCAAAAUGAUUACCAAGUCAUGGGGGAACAUUAUCCUCUCAGUCCUUGUUGCGAUUCUAUCCACGACCGCAAUCAGGUCAUUAUUCCAACCUGUCCCGCCGCGUCCAUCGCCUGAUUUAGUCAAGGUAGCCGGCAUUGCGCGCUCCUUCGAACCUUUGAUCUACUACUCGGAGAAUGGUGUCAACCAAGUUGGAGAUCUUCAAGCGACUGGAAUUGCGGUAUGGGAUCUUGGAGAGAGCGUGCGAUUAAGUAACAUGACAUCCGCGCCCAUCAUUACCAAGUCCCUUGAUGAUCUAUCGGAUAAUUUAAAAACCUUAGCCAUCGAGCUUACCAAAUUUUUCGCAAGCGUCGAUGGUGAUAUCGAUAGCAUAUUGAUUGUGAUGGACUGGGCGCGACGCGAAUUAGCUCAAUUGCAAGAUGUUCGAAGCCCGCCUCUUUCCAUAGCAUUCGCCAACAUCCACAACGUGUUUUGCGCGAUCGGAAUUUUCGAAAACCCAACCACGGGAAUGCCUACACAAUUAGGCAAUGUAGCGACAGCGAUGUUUGGUAUGUCGCACCCGCAGAGGACUCGCACUACCCUGCAACGCACAUUCACGGAAUUCUUGUCGGUUCUUGAAGAAGCUAUCGAGAACGAGCUACAGCAUUCACUAGCGCUCUUUGGUCUUUUCGAAGCUAUAGAUCGGCAAUUCUUAAACCUAGCGCGCGUCGUGGUGCGCGAAUCGUCGCAGCAAGACGAGGAGCACGCUGAUUUCCUUUCGUCGCUAUGGACGCGUAUCCUAGGGCCAAAGGCUAGCGAGGUCAAGAAAUACGAGCGAAACCGCGAUCUACUUCAGAACGUACGCGAGAGGACAGUACGAAACAAAGGGGUCCUACUAGAGCAUAACGGCAAGCUACUCAGCCUUAAGGCGAACCUCGAGAUUUUGAGAAGAAAACUCGUCUCGCCGCUAGUAAGAAGCAUCAACUCUAGUACGCUCACGGUUGAUGAGCAGAUUAAGGGCCUCGAAGAUGUAGGCAUAUACCUGGAGGGUGUACGCUCUAGGCAGAAAACCAAGCUCAUAGAGAUGAUAUAUGGAAGUAACAGCGGCAGGGCUGGUAUAUCUAGAGGCCCAAGGCUGAUUGAUGAACACGGGCGUUAG